CGCCCCUCGACCGGCAGCACGUUUCUGCUGUAUCGUCUCCAAAUAGGACACUCUGGACAGUUUUACACAUCAAAUUUCCUGACUGAACUGCCCUUGCCCCACCAUGGCCUCCUCCUCCUCCUCCUCAGUUGGAGAGAAUCAACUGCAGAGGAUCAUCAGAGAUCUGCAUGAUGCAGUGUUUGAGCUGAGUAAAGAACACCACGAGUGUGGUGAACCCGUCACUGAUGACAGCCCCAACCUGCACAAGUUCUUCUAUAAACUAGAAUACCUGCUACAGUUUGACCAGAAAGAGAAGACAACCUUUCUGGGCCAGAGGAAAGACUACUGGGAUUAUUUCUGUGACUGCCUGAUUAAGAUUAAGGGAGCUAAUGAUGGCAUCCGUUUUGUUAGAUCCAUCACUGAGUUGAAGACCUCGCUGGGGAGAGGAAGGGCCUUCAUCCGCUACUCACUCGUUCACCAGCGUCUUGCUGACACACUGCAGCAAUGUUUCGUAAACCAGAAGGUCACAAGCGACUGGUAUUACGCCCGGAGUCCCUUCCUUAAGUCUCAUGUCACUGCCGACAUAAUCAACCAUCUUUAUGAGCUCAACCAGAUCCACUUUGACGUGGCAGCCAGAGGUUACGACCUUGAUGCAGAUUGGCCAACCUUUGCGAGGCGAACCAUAGGUACCGCCUCAGCUUUUGGGUGGAGGCCUCCCAGCCGCUGCUCCAGCAUCAACAGUCUCGUCAGCAGCUACUCGCACUCACAGGUGCAGGAGUUUUUCCCGAUCUCUGCCCUGAGUCCCAGUCUCCUUGCUGAACUGGGGGAACUGGGGGAACUGGGGGAACCCUCUCCUGGCAGUAUUGCAGAGAACCUCCGCAUUGAGCUGGACCAGUCCGAACUGAAACAGAAGGAGCUUCUGGCACGGGUUCAGGAGUUGGGGAAAGAGUCUUCUCAGCUGAAAGGUGUGGUUAAGGACCUUGCAGGCCAGCUAUCAGCAGCUCAGAAGUCCUCUGCAGCUACAGCAGCCCAAAGUCACCAAGAAGCCGACGAUCAGGAGAGAGCAAACCACCUUCAAACCAGCCAACUUAAAGACAGACUCGCAGCUGCUGAGAACAAGAAUAUGGAGCUUUUCUCCAAGUUGGACGAGGCUUUUAAAGAAAAGGGACAACAAACCAGCAGCUACUGCGACUCAGCCUGGACAAUCCAGGGACUCCUGGAUAAACUCAAGGCAGUGGAGGAGGAAAGGGUGGAGGCGAGGAGGGAGGCCGAGGGCGGGGCCAGGCUCUCUGAGCGUCUUUCCCGGGAACUAAAACUCCGGGAAGAAGAGUUGAGGAACAGCGAGGCGCAGCUGGCUGAAGUCAAAUCCGUAGCCCAUGAGGAACGCGAGGCGGCGCUCGACCGGUUGGCGGAGCUCCAGAGUGCCGUCGGUCGAAUUCAGGGGGCGCUCAGUUUGAAAGACAAAGAGACGGGGAACUUGAGAGCCCAGCUUCAGGAUCUGCAAGCGUCCCUGGAGUGCAGAGAAGGAAAGGCGGAGGACCCGAGGAGAAGACUGCACGAGGAGAGGGACGAGGAGAGGGACGAGAUCGAGCGGAGAUGGAGCCGGAGCAGCAGCCAAAAGGAGGAACUCGAGAGCCAGCUCCUGGAUGUAAGAACGGCUCUAAAAUACAAAGUGAAGGAGCUCACCUGUAGUUCAGAGAAACUCCAGCAUUCUGAAGAGCAGCUGGAGAAGCUGCAUGUUGAGAAGGAAAGCCUGAGUUCUCUGCUUGCUGAGAACAAAGUCGCUUCCUCUGAGAUCCACGAGGAGCACAAAACCAAAUGCAGCAAUCUGGUGGAAAUAAAUGCCAAGCUACUCCAAACGGUUAAGAAGAGCGAGGGGAGCAUGACAGAGCUGACUGAGAGCAAGACCGCCUUGUUAGACCAGCUGGCUUCUCUCAGGGCUUCUGAGAAGCACCUCAAGGGCCGAGUUGAGGCCGCAAAGAUGUGUGUGGAAGAUCGGGAGAAGACGCUUCUCGACGAAAACCUGCAUUUGGAGGAGAUUUCCCAGAAGGCGCUCGUCCAGAAGGAAGUAUGUGACGCUCGAAUAAAGAAGCUGGAGCAUGAGAACAAGCAGCGUCUUGAGGUCCACUCUUCGUUGGAGAAACGGUUGGCCACGACUCAACAGGAGCUGGACUCUCUUACUGCCAACGUUGCACAGUUGGACAAGAGCCUCCUGGUGUCCCAAAGAAGCCAAGCAGAGUUGCUCGAAAAGCUCCGGGAGACUGAGACUCAACUGAGAGGCCAGGCGGUUGAAUCUGAGCAUCUGCAAGCCGGAGCAGAGGAGCUGGAGCUUCAUGCGGAAAAGGGAGUCGCCGCAGAAAGCGAUGAAAAAAUGCGGAAACUUCCCGAUGAGCUUCAGAAAUCAUCAGCGGAAACCAAAGAGGGCCCGGUCAGGCUCGGUGUCGCCGAGGCUCAACUGGAGCUCAACCUGAGGGAGGUGCACCGGCUCCGGGAGGAGGUGGUGAAGCUCAGGGCUCAGCUCCGAGCGGGAACUGAGGAGCAGAUGAAGGUUCAGGCGCGUCACGAGGUGACGGAGUCCUCUAGAGAUGACCUGCGUGUCCGAGCGGAACAACUCAAAGCCCAGGUAGAGGAGCUCAACCGCCGAGAAGAGGCUCUCGCCCGGGAGCGUGACGGCGAGGCCCUGGCUCGAGCAGGUCUGGCUGCAGAGGUGACGUCCUCCAUGGAGGAGCUCGCAAAGCUAAAGGUGCGUUGCGAGGCCUUGCGUCUGGAGACCGGCGACUCCAGGGAGGCGCUCCAUAGAGCCAACACGGAGACGGCUGAGCUCGGCGUGCGCGUGUGCAUGCUGACCGCCGAGAACGAAGAGGCGCGCCUGCGCUUCGAGGGCUCGUCAACGGGGCUGCAAGAGUCGAGCGAGGAGGCGGCUCGGGAGGCCGGGAGGCUGAAUGCCUUCACGGAGCAGCUGAAGCGGGAGAACCAGCGACUCCUCGAUCGGCUCCGUGACGACGGCGGGUCGGUGGCGACCGAGCAGGAGCUGCAGGAGAAGCUCAGCAAGACCAAAGCGGAGGCCGGAGUUCUGCUGGAGACGAGCAAAGAGGAGGUCCAGGCCAUCCGAUUCCGACUCAGCAGCCAAACCCUGAGUCACAGCAGCGAGCUCCAGACUGUGAAUCAAGAGUUACAGGAAGUGAAAACAAAGUUGACGUCUGAGCGUGAGAGAGCGGUCGAACUGGAGAACAGAUUCCAACGGCUCGAGGCUGAGAAUCAGAGAUAUUGCCAACAGAUUGAGGAGAAAAACAUCCAGAUGGCCGAUUCGGAAAAUCUCAUCCAGCAGAAAGAAGACGAGAUAAUCCACCUGAAAGGGAAUUUAUCAAGGUCUGAGGACGGCCUCACAGCGGCUCAGCAGACGUGUCAGGAGAUGAGUGAAAACCUACGGAGAGUCACGCAGGACAAACAGAGCGUCGAUCUGAAGAUGGGAGCUGAACUCGAUGAUCUUUACCGCACCAAAAUCAAUUUGGAAGAAAGGCUUGUCCAACUGAUCAGGGAGAAGGAUGCGUUGUGGCAGAAGUCCGAUGCCCUGGAGUUCGAGCAGAAACUGCGGGAUGAGGAGACGGAGCGGGACGUCAACUACUGCCUGGGCUGCCACAGUCAGUUCAGCUGGUGGCUCCGCAAGCACAGCUGCAGACUGUGUGGGCGUCCCUUCUGCUACUACUGCUGCAGUAACACGGUGAGCACCCAGCAGGGCGGCCACAGAGAGCGCUGCUGCAGCGACUGCUACAACCAGCACAGCGCGGUCGUAGAGCGCCACCCGCAGGAGGAAGUGACUCACAGCACACCAGGGUCACCGUUCAGGCGGUUGCUGCAGGCUGGGAGGGCUGUGACGAUUGCUUCAGGCGCAGAUGAAGGAGACAAGCCGAAUGAUGGUGUUUUUGACAUCAUCACAGAGGACGAGGUGAGCGGGGUCUAUGACGGCGACUCCCUCUCUUUUGCCACCGCCUGCUCUCCUGGACACGGGCAGCAGAGGGCAGCACAACUAAACAGCAGUGCCAGUGCAGGAGACCUCACAUCGGAGGAUGCGGAGGACUUCGGUGCUGCAGUCCAGGAUCCAGAGAUCUGCCUGCUGAAGUCUGGGGACCUCACGCUCUCCGUCCUCUUCACAGUGGAUGACAUCUCAGGGUUUGGGGACGGCUCCCGAGAGCUCUUCGUCAAGUCCAGCUGUUACAGCACCAUCCCCAUCUCCAUGAGUAGUGCUGGUCCCACGGUCUCCUGGACGUUUACCUCCGAACCCAAGAGCAUCGCCUUCAGUGUGGUCUACAGGGAGACUGCAGAGACUCCACUGGAGCAGGCCAGGGUCCUGAUCCCGCUGACUCGCUGCAACUCCCACAGAGAGACAAUCCAGGGGGAGCUGAAAGUCCGAAGCGCUGGAGAAUACACACUCGUCUUUGACAACUCCUUCUCCAGGUUCAUCUCAAAGAAAGUGCUGUACCACCUGAGCCUGGACAAGCCUGUCGUCUACGAUGGAACUGACCUCCUCUGAAGGAGGGGAAGCGGGUGUGAAGCCGACCGUUGACAGACACGGGGUUUAAACCCGUUCACAGUGUUCACGGCAACUGGGUCAGUCCACUGUUACACAAUGUUACACAUUUGAAGGUGAGCUGUUUAUUACAGCCGGACAUUGUAGCUGAUUAUUUAACAUUAAGGGUUCGCGAACGUCCCCGCCAGAGGAUUUAGAGGAUUGUUGCGUAUUUGAAUGUGAAGAACUUGUUUGCCUGUGCACCGACGGGUUUCUCAGCACCGACCGAUGUCGCUCCCGCGGGCGACAUCGGUUGAACUCAUUUGUUGAAUCGAGUAAAGCUGCAUUUCCAUUCGUCAGCGCGAGGUUUGACACAUCACUGUUUGUUCCUACCUCGUCUCAUCAAUUCAGACUACUGCCUUUUUUUUUUUUUAAAUGGGACUAAUGUGUUCCCUGAUAAACUACAUUCGGAGUGGCAGAUAUGGUUAAAGUCCUCUCUCACGCUAUCUGUCAUUUUUGGUUGUCAUAUUAAUCUUCAUGAUGAUUUAAAAAAUGUCCCUGAGAAGUGAGAAUAUAUUUAUGAUUAAAAGAACCAGACAGAAAUAUCUGUUUUUAAUUAUCCAGUGAAUUUAAUCUGAUUGUUGAAUAUGUGACAAAUCAUGUGACAUUGCUGGAAAAAAAUAUAUAUAUAAAAAGAUACAAUAUUGCCAUGAAUCAUAUCCUGCUUAUCGAUUACAACAUUAUGGCUUAAAACACCUUAUUUAACAGAACUACCACACCCGACGUGGUAUCGUUCAACCAUGGAAAUGUUACAUGAAUAAGCUCAUUCAGUCAUGUCGGUAUCUUUAAUAUUGUUGCCUUCUCAGCUGGUGAAAUUGCAAUAAAUGUUGUUUUUUGUGUUAUGAUCACGACGAAGCGGAACAUGAAGAAGCCGGACUCCUGCGAAAGCUGCAAUACUUUAAUUGUCUCCAGGAAUCUUUAAUUCAGUGCAGUUUCUAAUGAUUGAAGUUUUCUAUGCAUGCAAACAUGAAUGUGCAUAUUUCCCAAAUGUAACCCUCAAAGGGGACAGAAGGACGGGGGAGGGGCACAACAUGUAGAUUAAAGUGUUUUUUUAAUAUUUAGUUUUUACUUGAAUCAUUUUUGACCAAUGGGGAAGGUUUUGUAAUAAAUUUAGUGAAGACAUGAUGUGCAUAUAAAGCCUUUUAGGUGAUUAAAAUGUUUAUUUUGGAAAUAAAUAAAUAAAUAACAUUUUAUUUUCAGCGUGGUUUUCGAGAUGGGGGGGAAAAGCUGUUAGUUGUUUUCUACAGGUGUUUACUGUUGCUCUGUGAUGUUGUGCAGCGUGUCAAACAGAAAUGUGUUUAUGCCUCAAUUGUGUCUUCACUGACUUGAAUAUACAGAAACAUUGUUUUCAUAUUCAACAAUUACUCAUGCAAAGAAAAAAAGUCUUCCAGUAUUCGAAAAAACAUUUUGUAAAUUGUAGGAAGAAGAGUCGGGAAAUGGCAAAUGACACUAAAACAUAUCCGAGAGGUAUAUUGCCAAAAAUUCUUGAGGUCAAUCUUUGUCUAUUUGAUAGUUCUGGGAUGUUUCUAUUAAAGGGCAUUGCAACAUGACUGCUGUGCAAUGCACUGUUGAACGGGCUUUUUGUCCGUCUGUUUCCCAUGAGCCUUUGUGCCAGUUCCAGAAUGUGUUUCCUUUCUUUUCAUUUGUAUCUAGUGAGAGUGUGAUGGUCGAUGUUUACUGCUGGAUUUGACAGAGGGAAGCGUUCACUCUCCGGCUUAACCUGUAAAUGAUACCUGAGAAAUAUAGCUGAAAUAUCAUUUACAUACGAAAGAAGUAUAAUAAUAGAAUGGAUUUUAAGAUUGUGGACAAAUAAAUAAGGAUUGUGUGAUAACCAA